AUGCAUUGGCAGCUGGGCGUUCGCUCCCCCUUUCUACGCCGUUGCUUUGCAAUUUGCAACGGGUCCUCGAAUAAUAAGCAGAAAAAGUCUGCCGGGACCUCUCGGGCUAAAGCAGAGGUGAAUACAAUUGGAGCGGCGUCGCUGAACCAAACGCCUUACUAUACACACUCCAUCAGAAGGUCCGAUUCAUCCAGGGCAGCCAAAUCGUUAUGA